ACCCAGCGCGCCUCACGUUGCAUGGGUCCCCGGUUAUUGAUAACACAAUUUGCCCGAUGGGAUCCAUCCCAGUAACGUGAAACUCGUGGAUAUAGGGACUGGAGAGACAACAGACAGCCCGGACGAAAGGAAAAACCACGAAUUGCUCAUUAUCGCCGACAAAUAGAAAGCCGAGCCCACCCCUUCACUUGACAACGCGACAUCAACCAGGCAGAAAGGCUUACGUCUCAUCGUUCCAUCCUCCAUCCACCCUAACCUGCUGUGUUGGGGAAACCCCUAAUGAGUGGGACCUGUAUCCAUGAGCCCCGCGCCCCUUCCCCCUCCCUGUCAGGCUUCAGCACCCCCAUCUCAGAAGCUCCCUAUCGAAGACUCGAUGGAGACACCCCUGCCUGCACCCCCGAAACGGACCUGACCCCCACACAGUGUGUCCUCCGUAACGUGCUGUCCAUUGACACCGGUGGACCGGGGGCGCCGGGCGGCAGCAGCCCCACUCCCAGUGAUGGAACCUCAGCCCACUUUGACAACAGCGUGUUAAAACUACAUGAACAUGAGGCCUGCCAGUGUGGCGGCGGGGCCGAGGCGGGGCACAGUCCAGAGGCUGGUGCCGUUCGGAGCCAGUCGGAGAACAUUCGGCUACAAUCAGGAAGUGGAGGUUUUUUGGAGGGACUGUUUGGCUGCCUAAAACCAGUCUGGACCAUGAUUGGAAAGGCCUACUCCACUGAACACAAACAUAGCCAUGAAGAGUCCUGGGAGGUUCCUUUUGAGGAAAUCUCCGACCUGCAGUGGGUGGGCAGCGGGGCACAGGGGGCCGUCUUCCUCGGCAAGUUCCACGGAGAUGACGUCGCUGUAAAGAAAGUGCGGGACAUCAAAGAAACUGAGAUCAAACACCUCCGCAAGCUCAAGCACCCCAACAUCAUCACUUUCAAGGGCGUGUGCACCCAGGCUCCUUGUUACUGUAUCUUGAUGGAAUAUUGUGCCCAAGGCCAACUGUACGAGGUGCUGAGGGCGGGUCGUAAAAUCACCCCCUCCCUCCUGGUUGACUGGUCCAUGGGCAUUGCAGGAGGCAUGAACUACCUCCACCUCCACAAAAUCAUCCAUCGAGACCUCAAAUCCCCCAACAUGCUGAUCACACAUGAUGACCUGGUGAAGAUCUCCGACUUCGGCACUUCGAAGGAGCUCAGUGACAAGAGCACCAAGAUGUCCUUCGCCGGCACGGUAGCUUGGAUGGCUCCUGAAGUGAUUCGGAACGAGCCAGUGUCGGAAAAGGUGGACAUCUGGUCCUUUGGAGUGGUGCUGUGGGAGAUGCUAACCGGAGAAAUCCCUUACAAAGAUGUGGACUCAUCUGCCAUCAUCUGGGGUGUGGGAAACAACAGCCUUCAGCUGCCCGUUCCUGAGAGCUGCCCUGACGGCUUCAAGAUCCUCCUCAGACAGUGCUGGAACUGUAAGCCCAGGAAUAGGCCCUCUUUCCGUCAGAUCCUUCUUCAUCUGGAUAUAGCGUCAGCUGAUGUGCUGUCCACUCCACAAGAGACAUACUUCAAGUCUCAGGCGGAAUGGCGGGAAGAGGUGAAACAGCACUUUGAGAAGAUUAAAUCUGAGGGAACUUGUAUCCACCGACUCGACGAGGAACUGAUCAACCGACGCAGAGAGGAGCUCAGGCAUGCUUUGGACAUUCGCGAGCACUAUGAGAGGAAACUGGAGAGGGCUAACAACCUUUACAUGGAGCUCAGUGCUGUCAUGCUGCAGCUGGAGCUCAAAGAGAAAGAGUUGCAGAGGAGAGAGCAGUCUUUGGAUAAAAAGUAUCCGGGCUUGUUUAAGCAUCACAGCUCCAGACAGCAGAGCUCCUCUAAUUCGAUGGACAAACUCAUCAAAAAGAGAAAUGUCCCACAGAAACUGCCCUCAGGAAAGAGGCCAGACAUCCUCAAGUCUGAGGUAAUCAUUCCCAAAAUGGACUCCUCUGUGAUGCAAGUCACUAUCCCGGCCUGCCCCAACAGAAGCUCCACUUCUCCCAGCCGCUCUCGGAGGGUAAAGACCCGACAUCGCAAGCCUGGGAAGGGCAGCAGCGGGGACCUGGCUGGACUUAAAGCAAAUCAGUCCUCCCCUAAUAGGGACACAACUGCCCAGGCUAACGGUUCUAGCACUAACACCUCGAAGCAGCUCCUGGAGCCCUCCGCAGCCCUGCGGGGCCUCAGCCACGAGCAGCAGCAGAGGCAGCUGUCCUCCUCCAGCCCUGACCUCAUCUGCACCACGCUGGAGGCAGAAGGGCAGGGGAAAGGGGAGUCCUCUGUGGGUGGGCUGGAGAGAGGGGGAAGCCUCAGCGCAUCUGCAGGGUUAGGGGGGUCAGAGGCGGGGGCGGCCGGGCUGGAUGAUCUCACAGAAACCCCUCCGCGCAGCGACACGCCGAGCGAGGAUGCCGCGUCGUUCCCGUUCUCCAGCAGCCCAGACUCACCGUGUGGGAGGGGGGCUGCAGCAGGGAGGGGGUCUCUGGGAUCCCCACGUCUGCCUCACGAUGGGGAGGAUAAAGAGGAGGGAGCUGGAGCUGUGAGGUUGCCUCGUGGGGCCUCAGGGGGAAUUGGGGGUCAGCACCUGACUCCUUCAGCCAUUCUGUACAGGGCAGCUAUCACACGCAAACAGAGGCGUGGAGUGUCAUCAGAAGAGGAGGAGGGUGAAGUUGACAGUGAGGUUGAGUUGCCAAGGAGACGACGUCCGACGAGCAUCACCAAGUGCCAGUCGGUGUCCACCUUCAGCUCAGAGAACCUGUCCGUGUCGGACGGCGAGGAGGGCCACACUACUGACCACUCCCACAGCGGCACCCCCGACGUGGUCAGCACCAACACGGACGACAGGUUGGACGACCGCAGCGACGACCUCCUCUCUCAGGGGUCGGAGAUCCCGGCCGACAACACCGAUCCUGCGCAGGCUUCAGACGGCCUGUCGGAGAGAGAAGGAGCGCUGGGACAGAGCAAAGCUCAGCUGGACGUCGGGCAGAAUCCUAAUGAGAGUCGGGCUCUGUGCGAUGACUCUGACUGCGACAGCGCCGAGCUGGACCAGUCCGGUAGUGGAGAGCCCAGUCGUCCCCCCAGUGCUGGAGCAUGGGUGUCGCCGUCUCAGCCCUACCAGGGGUCUCCACAGGCGCCCCACACAGGACCUCCAUAGAUCACUGGACGCUAGCAAAGACCUCCAGCUACCAUCACAGGCGUACACCAAUCUGUCAGUGCAGUACAUUACUGUUGUCAUGAGGGAUCACACCUACUACACUACUCAGACUAUGACAAGUUGACUUAUGGUGUCUCAUAAGUUUGUUGGCUGGCAAACCUACAUCAGAUGACAUAGGACAUUUGUCAUAACCUGACAUCAAAUAUUUUGGCAGCUUGUGACAUCAGAUAAAUGUCAUUUAAGUUCAGUAGGGUUUUUGUUUUAGGCAAAAUAGUGACUGAGGUAACCUUAGCCACUGCUCCAGUUCUGCAAAAACCCUUCCACAGACGCACACGCACGCACAAGAUACCACACUUGUUGUCCUUUAAACACUCUAAUCCUCACUCUGGGAGCAUCCUCCAUGAUACUCCACACACUAAUGCAUCAAAUACUAAUGAAUAAUAAUGUAAAUAUCCAUUACAUACCACAUGAGAAAUAUCUAACUUUAUUUUAUUUGUAAGAUAAAAAUGUAAGACUAAACGGUAUGCAGCCCUGUGAACAAAUGCAUGACUACAUGUUUAUAAUUUAUGGUUCGAAUGUGUCAGUUUUAUAUUUUGUGAAAGUUUACACUUUUUUAAUCCUGAAAGUAUUACUUCCGUUAUUUUGUUUUGGGUUUUUUUGUUAAUAAAUGUCAGCACUCGAGAAAAAAAAAAAUGGAAUGAAAAUCUCACCAAGACGUCGAUCAUGAUGCAUAAUUAGGAUUCUCAGUAGGUGAUAUAUUAUUUUUUUUAACCCUCCUACUACUGAGUUUCAAAUACACGUAAGACUGAUUGAGGUUUUUUAUUAAGCUUAUAAAAUUCCUGAUAGGAUGGGAGACCUUUGGGUUCACUCAAAAUGCACUUUUGACAUUUUAUGUACACCGAUGUUGCUCCACCGGUUUCUGAAAUUGUCGCCUGAUUGAUUGUGUUUCAUUUGUAGGAUAUAUGUGUGUUCAUAGAGACGACGUACACUAGCAUUAAGGUAGAAUCUAACAACAAACACUGAUGUUGGUGCUUUAGUAAAGGAGUGCUCCUCCGAUUUAGCGUUGCACCUCUUUAAAGUUCUCAGUCUCACAACGAACAAAAAAAAAAGAUCAAAAUUGAUACAGCAAACAAAGAGAUAUCGGCAGCUUUAUUCCACAGUCUUCUUUCUUGUCAGAACCCUGGCGCCUACAUUUCCCACAAUGCACUUCAACAGAGAAGUCUGAGGUUUCGGGUCACAGGCUGUGUAAAAGAAGUGGACGUUGCCUCUGUGUCCGAACAAUGAAGCCAAUGCGGAAGUGCCUUAAACCUGCAUUCUUUCUAAUGGCCAGCAGGGGGCGACUCCACUGGCUGCAAAAAGGAAGUCUGAUUGUAUAGAAGUCUAUGAGAAAAUGACCCUGCUUCUCACUUGAGUUAUUGCCUCAGUAAACAGUUUCCUAAUAAGUUUAUGGUCUCAAUUGCUAGUUUUAGGUUUUCUUCAAUACAGCAUGGUGGUUAUUUUGUAAAUUAUGGUCCUACUUAGAGUAAAAUAGACAAUAAAGCAGGGUAUGUUUAAGAGCGUGGCUUCCUUGUGAUUGACAAGUCGCUACCGCAGCGUCAUAUCAAUCAGGAUAGAGGUGUAGCAAUGCCUCUCUAAGGCACUGUGUACAGAUAAAUAGCAGUGACCUUGUUUUUAAUCUCCAAAUAUGGUCACUGCUGGCUCCAAAAAGCCACGAUGGCCAAAAUGCCAAACUUGAGGCUCUAAAAUGUUAUUCCACAAACCAAUGGGUGACAUCAUAAUGGCUACAUCCACUUCUUUUACACAAUCUGUAAUUCAGUUUGUGUUAUGCUAGUAGCAGCUAAUGUAGCCUCAAGCAGAGAUGAGAAGCGGGCUACGUACUUAUUUUUCAUUUUCAAACUUAGUAGUGUUCGGACCCAGCUGAUGCUGACUCAGAUGACAUCACAUGAGACAGUUUAGUUGCAUAAAACCCACAAAAGGAUUUAUUCAACUUUUCAAAUCUCGAUGUGUAAAAUCGGUAAGUUCCCCUUUAAGUGAAGAACCAAAAGGACUCCUGUAGUUCACGAUGUUCAUAAGCUUCAUAAGAACCUCAACUGUUCCUUUUACCCUUUAAGAUAACUGCAGAAGUAGCCAGAUAAGGAAUAGAGCACUUCUCUGUGGUGGUUACUAGUAGAACAGUAAGUAUCCUUUGGGUUUGAAUAGAAAUGUUUUGUUUUUAUACAGCAUUGCACAUUGUACCUGUAACAUAGGAAUUAUAUCAAAAGCAAAAUAUUAUGAGCAACAAUAAAUAA